AUGCGAACACAAUACUUACUCAGAUACCGCGACGCUACGAGUUUGAAUAUCAAAGCAAUGAAGAUGAUGCAACUAGGCAUUAGGACAGAGAUUGAUUUUAUUAUUUCAAUGAAAGAACGAGAGGUCUACGGAAGGGGACAUAUGGAUAUAAGAAUAUUUCUUCCAAUAUUUAUAAUUGCUACUAGCUCGGUGUAUGAUACUGCACAAACUGCCACGAAGCAUGACCGAUGGGAGUUUAGUAAAGAUGAAAAGAUUAAGUUCAAGGCGAUGGUGAAAAUGAAGAGUAGAUUGGCCAGCAUGCUUGUAUAUCUCAUUCUCGAUUUGGGUUCUCACUUAUCCAUAACUUAUUGGCAUUGA